AUGAAUCUUCUUCGAUCAGUAGAGAAUGUUGUGAAUAUGAAUCGAUUAGCCUCCUGCUUUGUUACGUAUUCCGCUGUUUGUCGCCGGUGUAAAGUUAGAUGUCCCAUCUCGCGUGCGUUCUCAAUAUCGUUCCGAAGCAGUGCCUCUACGACUUCUGUUACAAAUGCAGCAGAAAAGAAGGAAAAGAAUGAUCCGCAGUCUAUUCUCAAAACUAAAACGAUAGGCACUGUCGAGGUGGAUCUACCCGAAGCCAGAAAGCAGGUUAGUCACAUAAAUACUUGGAGCCUUAGUGCUUUGCAUACACUUAGAGAGGUUCGUGUCACUUCUGUCUUCAUGUACACACCCUUUGCUCCCAUGCCCUUCCAUUAGAAUUCUCGGAUCCUAGAUUUGACCGGCAGGGAUCAAAGCCGUAAAAGCCUUUAUAUCUCUGUAAAAAACUGUAGAAUCUUACCACCAGUUGUGUGAGGCAGGGCUCGAAAUUAGCACUCGCAAACUCGCGAAAUGCGAGUGGUUUUUCGAAGUUGCGAGUCUAAAAAAUAUCCUCUAGCAAACAUUUGCGAGUACCGGUAUUUUUCCAGUAGAAUUUCGAUUAAAAAAUUAACGCUGAAAAUGGCUGCAUUGAAAAGUUGCUGGUUAGGUUCCUUCUUUUGCUAGUAAAAAUAAUCUUACUAGCAAAACUUUGCUAGUAGACAAAAAAGUUAAGUUCGAGCGUGUGGUUAGGUUACACACGCUCUAGUUUGCAUGGCUAGAAGAAACAAAAGAUUCAACCUCUUACUUAUGGCAAAAUAUGAACUAGAUGGAAUUUGCAUCAAAAAAAUGAUUUUAAGUCAUCAAGGGGCUAUUUAAAAAAGCUUGAGCUUGCAGAGAGACACUAUGUUCAGGUUUUCGUUCCAUGUAGCGUUUAGGCUCAUGGGUGUUGAUUGAGCAGCAUCAGUUACCUUUACAACAUAGAGGACUUUUCAAUUUAUCGGUCCUCCUUUAGAGUUCAAAGUUAAAAUCCUUAGGGGAGCCAAUUCUCCCACCUCAGUCCCUCGUUCUAUGACUAAUUUUCGUUGUUAUGGGAAUAACAACUGACGGUAAAAUUUCCACAGAGCCCCAUACUAUCGUAAAACAAAUCUGUUUUCCCAAUGGCAAUGUAUUGUUUUUGUCAUUUUUUUCUCUAUCCAAGAACUGAAUGCGUAAUGUAUGGGAUGGGGCUGUGUGGAAAUUUUACCCAACUGACAGGGGGUAGUAGUUGUUAAAACAGUAUUUCAAAGAUGAAAGCUCCAUGCUGCAAUCCUUUAGUUUACCAUGGCUAGAAGAAACAAUUUUUUCAAGAUUCAACCUCAAGAUUAGUUAUUGCUUAUGGUAUUAAUAUGAACUAGAUGGGAAUUUGCAUCAAAUUUUUAUGCAAUAUUCCACAAAAAAUUUUCUCCUCCUUUUCUCUAUUUCACUCAAAUGAUUUUAAGUCAUCAAGGGGCUAUUUAAAAAAGCUUGAGCUUGGAGCCUGGAUGACAUUAGCAAGAAGAGAUCUGAUUAUGAAAAUGCAUUUGAUCAACAGAGUAGGGAUAUUAACAAGAUUUCCUAAUGAAUGGUCCUUUGCUUAGUGGCUUUAAGGGGCAUGCAAUCUUUUUUUUUUGUCGUAGGUUAUCACCUUUACUUACACCAGAGGGAUCAAAAGCACCCCUAACACUACCUUAGUGUUGCACUUGUAAAUGACUGUAACUAUGCAUCACAUGCAAAUGAGAGGCAUGACUGAUAUACUCUGACAGUAAAUCUUUGUGUAUAACUUGUGUUUUCUUUACAGGUAAUUUUGAAGGAGUUAAAUAGUAGAAGUUUAGAAGAGCUCUCAAACACUAAAGGCAUAGGAAAAGUUAAAGCAGUUUCCAUUUUAGACUACCGUGACAACUUUGGACCAUUUCAAAGUGUAGAGGAUCUUUUUCAAAUAAAAGGUUUUGGUUCUGCAUUCUUUAAAAAUCUUCAAGAGGCUGGUGGAUUAGCAGCUGUUAAGAGAAAGACUUCUAAAGGACUGGAGACCAUCUGGGAGCAGUUAGCACAAAAUAAAAAAGAUGUAAGUGAUUUGAAUUAUGUUUAUUGAAUGUUAUGGACAGUCCUGUGAUAUGGCCUUUGUGUGGCACUAUCUGAGUUCUUAUUGUAAAGAAUGGCUUAAUUUUUUAGACAAAGCUUUGACUUAAAUUAACAUUCUUUGUACAACUGAUAGUGGGAGAUACUUUUGUCUUAUGUUUAAUGCCCUGGACUCCCUGUCAAGGGGUCCAGGUGAAAGACCUGCCAGGUUAAUGUGUUGUGUUCUUGGGUAAAAUUCUUUACCCUCAAAAUGCCUCUUUCCACCCAGGAGAGUAAAUGAGUACUGGUGAAUUGUCAAGGAAGCCUGAUGAAACAAAAUGAUAGGGGGUAACCUUGUGAUGGACUGACAUUUCAUCCAGUGGGGGGGAGUAGUGAUACUCCUUGUCACUUCAUGCUAUUAGGAAACAGGGAUAAGCUGUGGCUGGGUGGGCCAAUCGGGCAUUUAAUUCAAUUUUUUUCACCCUUUGUACUUUGCUUUGGAUUAGGUUGUUGAAGUUACACAUUUUCUGAACAAGCCAGGCUUAUGACUUUGUGGUCUGGUAUGUUUUCAGGUGAUAUCUGAAAUUGUGUCAAUAGAUAUUGGAUUCCAGAAUGCUGCUUGGGUCCGAAUGGACAAAGAUAAGAAGGUAUUGGGUUGGUCUCGAGCUGAAAUAAUAAAACCAAAACCUUAUAACCCGGCUGUCUUCCAACCUUUGGUAAGCAUUGAUGUUCCUGCAUUGUUUAUUGUCAACCCUUUAACUCCCAGAUCAAAUUUGUAAUUCUCCUUAUUGCAAACCAUACAAUUCUUAUAAUGUUAGUUCAGCGAAUUUAGUAUUGGAUCAACUAAUUAUUCCCAAAUUGAUGUUUUUCUCUAUUCUCAUCACUUAUCUGGUUGAUUUUGUAUUGAUAUUGUAAGGAGAAAUUCUGUCUUGGUCACUCAUGGGAGUUAUUAGGGGUUAAACUCAGAAAACUGUGAGUACCAAAUAUAUGUACAAGACGAUUCAGGUUUCAGGGAACUAGACAAUCAACUUUAGUCAUAGACAGUAAUGGCUAUCAGUUCUUUAUUUUUAGGUUUACCAUGUGUGAGCAGAACUUUAUUUAGAUUGUUAAAUACAUAUCUGGCUUGCUGGAAUCACAUCAAAGUUUUCAAGGUUUUCUGAGUUUAACAGUGACUGUCUUGAUUUCAAAUUAUGAGUAAUUUAGGCUGCUCAUAAUGUGUCUUUCAAACUAUCUUUAAGUUGAGUUUAUCAAUGUAAGAUUAUAAAAAAAUGAUCUGAUAUUUAAUUGCAUGACGCCCUAUUGUAUUUCUUUUGAGCCAAAUCAAAUGAUUUCUCAUUUUUUAAGACAAGAUCAUAUUAUAGAGAAAACAUCUUUAGUUUGUGAAGAGUAAAAAAUGUCCAAAGUGGCCAUUCUGCCAUGCAUGAUUCUAAAAUGUUAACUUGUUGCCAGAUCAAGUGUCCAUUAUUGCAAAAUAACAAAAAUCUGCAAGAGUGGGAAUUACUUUUAUAUGGCUUGGGUACUUUUUCUAUUGUUUCCUUUGUCUCUGGGUGUGCAGAAGAACAGAGUGUUUUAAAGGUUAAGGGAUCAAUUGGUAUUUCACCUUUUCCCACUUCUGCAUUCUUGGUAAGCUUUUAGAUUUAAGUUCCUCAGUUCCCAAACACGAAUACAAAACUUGGUUUUCUUGCUUUUUUUCAUCUUUCACUCUGAGCACAAUGAUGGUUAGAAAGUAAUUUGAUCUAGUUGACCAGCUCAAGAGGUUGUCGACAUCAGAGCCGUUUUAAGUAAGCCCACAUCAGUUUUUCUUAAGCCUCUCUUCUCUGCCACCACCCCCCCCCCCUCUCUUAAAAUUGGGUGGGGAUAGUUGGCUCCGCCUAAAGGGCCUUUGAAAGAGAGACUCCAGUAAAAUAUAUGGAAGUUGAAAACCUUUUUUACUAUUUUUUUUAUUGAAUAACAGGUUCAACAGUUUGUCAACAGAGUACCCAAAACAGACAUCUAUGUGGUGGAGAUGCAAAGCCAUCGGAUCGGGAAACAAACCGCCGCCCUUCUCCCUUUUGCGGUGCACCUUCGCGUGUUUGAAGCCAUGUUGACCUGUUUGUUGCCUGGAUUAGUAAUACCCUUUGACCCGUUGUACACCUCGAAACAUUUUUGUCUUCCUGUGGGUAGAACCAAGAAGAGAGCAGCCGUGAAUUUGGUGGAGAGCUUGUUUCAGGACAGAAAAAACGAAGAACCGUUCGAGUCUCAAUGUGAGCAGUUUCUUAAAGAACAACAAGGGAUGGAGGGCAGUGAGGAUUUUGUCGAAUCGUUCAUCGAUGAUCAGAUGAGUGGAUUUCCUGGAAACAGUAACAAACCUCUGCUGCAGGUAUCGCCACAAUUUGUGAACUAUUUCAAAUCGUGUGAUAAGAAGGACGAUUUGAGCGACUGUCUGCUACAAGCGUUGGCUUUUUAUGACCUGGUGGUAGAAAAUAGGAAACAGUCUCGAAUGUGAUACUGCGAGAUCCUCGUCGUGAAAUUUGAAGACUUUCUGUCAGCUUGUCUCGCUUCUUCUUUUACUCUCAGUCGCGGCCAAUAUACAAACGAAUUAUUUCAAAGGGUACAGUGAGUCUUCAUGUCUGGAAAACAGGUUGAACACUAAUUGAAUACGGUGAAGUAUGUCACAGCACUCGCUGCAGCGUUGCAGGCGGAAAUAAUUAUACUCGGACGCUUUCAUACGAGAGAGAAAGAAUUGCUUUUCGCUUGGGUAAUGCGCACUGCAUAAACAUUUGCGCAACUUGAUUAAAAUUGAAGGUUUUAAAUAUUCGAUGGAGUGGUGUAUUGAGUCUGAAUUAAACUCGAGUAUGUAUCUCAAGGAAUCAAAAUGGUGAACA